AUGGUAGCACAAAGUUCGCACAAAUGGACUGACAUAUUUUUGGACGGUGCUCAUAAAGAGUUUACCAGUGAUUUGCGUGGCGGUAAACAUUCUGAUUCAUUUCAUGAUAUAUAUCCAGAAAUCGAGGUAGAUGCCAAAGCAUUUGUUGCAGAAAAAUGUUCACAAAAAUCAGGUGAGUUAAAAGCGAUGCAUCUGGCUCGAUUUAUUAUUGAAAAAUAUUGUGAAUUGAAUGGUAUUGAUGAACAAGUUAAUGGCGGUUAUGUAAGAUCCGAAAGAAGUUGCCAAUUAGAUCUUUGUAGAUGGGGUGCGAAGUUUGAAGCCAAUGCACAACGGCCGUACUUCGAAGGACAUGAAAGAAAUGAUGUCGUAAAACAUCGUACUGAAUUUAUAAAUCUUUUUGAUAUAUAA